AUGCGCGCGACCCGUAGCGCCAGCAAGGCCGGUGGGAUUCGGCUGCUCGAUGGCCUGACCAACGAGCAGCUCAAGAAACGGAAGGCCACUCCAGCGAAGAGGCACUCCAGUGAUCGUCGGAAGGGGAAGGACAAUGCCACCGACUAUAACCAGGAAAAGGAUAAGCCCUCGGCCGGCGGCGCCGCUUCUGUCGGUCCCUACACCAUCUUCGUCGAGGCGAGCAACCUAGAUGGCAAGUUCCUGAAAGCAGCCAAAAAUGUCACAUCUGCUUUGAACUCAGCUUUUCCUUCAAUAUCUACAAAGGUGGCGGUUGAGCCAAGAAAGGGAUGCUUCAAGGUUCACGAUGAAGAGGGUGAAAAUUUUCUCCAAUAUCUGGAUUUAGAAGAACCAUAUUCUGAAUUGGAGUCCAUCGACAUACCCAAAGCCGUCAAGGAUGUUGGCAGGAAGAUUGGUUGA